AUGGGCUGUUUCUGCGCCGUUCCGGAAGAAUUUUAUUGCGAAGUUUUGCUCCUGGACGAGUCCAAGCUCACCCUUACCACCCAGCAGCAGGGCAUCAAGAAGUCUACAAAAGGUUCCGUUGUCCUUGACCAUGUUUUCCGGCACAUAAACCUCGUGGAGAUAGAUUAUUUUGGGCUGCGAUACUGUGACAGAAGCCAUCAGACAUAUUGGCUGGACCCAGCAAAGACUCUUGCGGAACACAAGGAGCUAAUCAACACUGGACCUCCAUAUACUUUGUACUUUGGUAUUAAAUUCUAUGCAGAAGAUCCAUGUAAACUAAAAGAAGAAAUAACCAGAUAUCAGUUUUUCUUACAGGUGAAGCAAGAUGCCCUUCAGGGCCGGCUGCCCUGCCCUGUCAAUAUUGCUGCCCAACUCGGAGCAUAUGCCAUCCAGGCUGAACUUGGAGAUCAUGACCCCUAUAAGCACACUGCAGGGUAUGUGUCGGAGUACCGCUUUGUUCCUGACCAGAAGGAGGAGCUGGAAGAAGCCAUCGAACGGAUUCACAAGACUCUAAUGGGUCAGGCUCCUCCUGAAGCCGAGCUGAAUUACCUGAGGACUGCCAAAUCCCUGGAGAUGUAUGGUGUUGACCUCCACCCUGUCUACGGAGAAAACAAGUCUGAGUAUUUCUUAGGAUUAACUCCAGUGGGUGUUGUUGUCUAUAAGAAUAAAAAGCAAGUAGGAAAGUAUUUCUGGCCCCGGAUUACAAAGGUGCACUUCAAGGAGACCCAGUUUGAACUCAGAGUCCUGGGGAAAGAUUGUAAUGAAACCUCAUUCUUUUUCGAAGCUCGAAGCAAAACUGCCUGCAAACACCUCUGGAAGUGCAGUGUGGAGCAUCAUACAUUUUUUAGAAUGCCAGAAACAGAGUCGAAUUCACUGUCAAGAAAACUCAGCAAAUUCGGGUCCCUAAGUUCUAAGCAUCGGCCCAGUGGCAGGACAGCUCUGCAAAUGAGCCGAGAUCUUUCUAUCCAACUUCCCCGGCCCAAUCAGACCGUGGUGAGAAGCCGAAGUAAGACUUACCCCAAGAGGGUCGCGCAAACACAGCCAGCUGGAUCAAACAACGUAAACCGGGUCAUCGCAAGCACGGAAAAUGGGGAGAGUGAAGGAACAACUAAAAUUAUCGCACCUUCACCAGUGAAAAGUUUUAAGAAAGCAAAGAAUGAAAACAGCCCUGAUACCCAAAGAAGCAAAUCUCAUGCACCAUGGGAAGAAAAUGGACCCCAGAGCGGGCUCUACAACUCGCCCAGUGACCGCACCAAGUCACCAAAGUUCCCCUGCACCCGCCAACGCAACCUGUCCUGCGGCAGUGACAACGAGUCUGCGCAACCCAUGCGGCGAAGGAAAGCUCAUAACAGCGGCGAAGACUCAGAUCUGAAGCAGAGGAGGAGGUCCCGCUCACGCUGUAACACAAGCAGUGGUAGUGAGUCAGAAAAUUCUAACCGAGAACACCGGAAAAAGAGAAACAGAAUACGGCAGGAGAAUGACAUGGUUGAUUCAGCGCCUCAGUGGGAAGCCGUAUUAAGGCGACAGAAGGAAAAAACCCAAGUGGAUCCUAACAGCAGGCGCUCCAGACACAGAUCUCGCUCAAGAAGUCCUGAUAUCCAAGCAAAGGAAGAGCUGUGGAAGCACAUCCAGAAGGAACUCGUGGACCCGUCUGGGCUGUCGGAAGAGCAGCUGAAGGAGAUCCCGUACACUAAAGUAGAGACUCAGGGGGACCCAGUCCGCAUCAGGCACUCACAUUCUCCGCGGAGCUACCGGCAGUACCGCAGGUCGCAGUGUUCAGACGGAGAGCGGUCGGUUCUCUCGGAAGUGAACUCGAAAACAGACCUUGUGCCACCACUUCCAGUGACCCGGUCCUCAGACGCUCAGGGGUCUGGUGGCUCUACAGUGCAUCAGAGAAGAAAUGGCUCUAAAGACAGCCUGAUUGAAGAAAAAUCUCAGCUAUCUACAGUCAACCUGGCUGGAAAGCAUACAGCAAAAACAAUAAAAACUGUCCAGGCUGCCCGUCUCAAGACAGAGACUUGACCUGGUUAAGGGGCAAAGGGUGGGGAUGGAAAUCCUGUGCCACUGGCACUUCUGAAACUGUGAAUCAGAGAACUGUCCACAUACAGUGGGCAUGUCUUUAGCGAAAGAAAAUGAGUAUCUAAGGGUUUGUGCACAGCCUUCUUGUGCUGUGGAGCUUUUCGACUGGAAGGACACUAUCUCUAUCAGCUCACUGGAUGCCAGUCUUCCCUGGAAACCAGCCAACUCUCUCUUCACCACAGCCAGGACCUCCACUUCUCAUGAAGCCUUUGGAUUCCUGGUCUGCAGACUGUUGUGACUUUUAGUCCCAUAAAGCUGUUUGUAUUAUUGU